AUGGCGAACGAAAAAUUCGGUCCUCAUCUCCCAAUGAUCAUCGAGGCGAGAGAUAUCGAGACCCUUUACGAGCUCUGGGGAAUCGACUAUGCCGUUGAGAUCGAAGCACCUGAAGAUUGCGAAACUCCGGAGACUGUGAGGCCGGGGCAUUAUGGGGCCUACACGUCGCAUUUCCAAGACAGAGGUUUGUCAUUUCCUCUUCCUCGCUUCCUUCUCGAAGCGCUUGCGGAGCUUGGGAUGGCUUUUGCCCAGAUGGCGCCUAAUUUUUGGCGCUAUUUUUUGGCUUCGUGGAUCCGAGCUAGGGAAGAGGGUCUCAGGUUUGGUCUCGAGGAGUUGAAGCAGCGGUUUUCUAUUAGGAGGAACAGUGGCUUCCCCGGAACAAUGAUUCUUGCUCCUCGGCCUGGCCGUUCUAUUAUAGACGGUAUUCCUAACAGGGAUGACCGGUGGAGGGAGAAAUUUUUCGUUUUUAAGAUUAAUCAGGCGUUGGUGGGGGAUUUUGAUAUCGAGACGAUCCAUAGGGAGUGGUCCAGCGAGAUUGAACCCUUCGGUUCUGCGCCAAUGACUCCCGAGCUUCGGGGGUUAAUCGCCACUUUGCGGCGGGGUAGCCCUCAAUGGCUCGCAUUCACCGUAGAUCGAAUUCGAGCUGCUUACACUCUUCCACCGGGUGAAAAACGUGCUACUCCUGUUGGCUCGGUGGUACCUAUUCGACCGGGAAAAGGUCGUCGCGAUAAGAGUAAGCUGACCUUCUUUGGUUUGAAAAGAUUCGAAUGUCUAUGGGUCGCUCAAUUUUCCAAAUAUGCUUUGUUCAGGGGGAGGGAGAAGGAGGUGCUAUCCGACCGUCCUGACGAGUCUUCUGAGGCUGGUUCGAUCGCCGUUCCCGUUUGUGGGGCUCAAAGGGAGCCAAACACUUCAACUGGUUCUGUCGGUGAUCGAGCUCUCGAUGAUGAGAUUGAUUCGCCGACUCACCAAAGCCAACGUCGAGCCCUAAAAGAGAUUAAUUCGGUGAGUUCUAAUUCCCCGAGCUCGGAGCCUCCUCCGCCGUUACGAGCUUCUGGCGAAGGUACUUCGCAGGUCGACCCGAGCGCUUGUUUUCCGGACGUGCAGGAGACCUCUUCGUGGAGAUUUUCGUAUGACGACGAGGUACCAAUCCUUGAGAAUCCUGAAGGUGUUGCUUCUAUUUAG